UCCCAGCAUGAAGCACUCUAUACAGCCCUCCAGGGUGAAGGGGACCAGUGGGACGCGGGCCCUGGUCCGCAGCAUGGCGGGCUUUGCCCUGGGUUUGUUCCUGGCUGUGGCCUAUGGACUCCUGGAGCUGCUGGUCGAAGGGCAAAGCCCUUGGGGCUGUCUGGCAGGCACCCUAGCCUUGGCAGCCUUCCUGGGUCUGGGCAUGGGCUUCUCACGCCAGGUUCGCGCCACUGUGCUCCUGCUGCUGCCCCAAGCCUUCUCCAAGCAGGGCCGCACUCUGCUCCUGGUGGCAGCUUUCGGGCUGGUGCUGCAGGGGCCAUGUGCCAACACCCUGCGCAACUUCACCCGGGCCAGCGAGGCCGUGGCCUGCGGGGCGGAGCUGGCACUGAACCAGACAGCAGAGGUGCUGGAGCGUGCCAGGCAGCCCCUCAUCAGCGCUCUCAAUAAGAUCAAAGCCAUCGCCCAGAAGACUAAGGAGGUGGCCGACCGCGUGCGCAAGUUCUUCCGUUCCAUCAUGGACAGCGUGAAGCACGUGGCCAGGGCCUUGCGGAACGUGUGGUACUGGCUCCUGCACAUUGGUGAUGUGUGCAAUUCGGAGCUGGGCAACCCGUAUUCUAAGUGCACACGACUCUUUGACAACGCCAAGGAUGACUGCAUGCGGAUUGUCCCCCAAGCCUACCACCUGUGCUAUGUGCUCAUGCCCUUCAAGCUGGUGCUCUGCAGCCUGGCCAGUGUGGUGCAGGUGUUCUGCGUGAUCCCCAAGUACAUCCAGCCCUUCCUAAAGAUGACCAUCGGUACCCCGGUGAUGAAGCUCAUUAACCGGGUGCGUCAAGAGUUCGAGUUCAACGUGACAGCCACCCACCAUUUCUCUGUGGACCUCAAUGCCUCACGGAGCCUGGCUCAGGUGGCGCUGGACUUGCGUGAAGCAGUGGCCAUGAAGAUGCACUGGGUCCAAGAGGCUCUCACCCUGAUGGGCUACACCACCCCACUGCUGCUUAUGAUCCUCUACCUCCAGGCCCUGUUUUAUCGCUACUGCUACCUAAACUGGGACAACUUCGACAACGUGUACAUCACUAACCGCUUCCUGCGCAUGGAGGCUGUGCGCACCAGGGCAGGCCUGCCCACCGUGCUGCCUCUCAGCGCCCAUGAGGCCCGCUGCUAUGUGAGGCCAGGCUCCAUCUUCCUCUCCCGCUGGGAGCAUUUCUUAUACAUCCUGGCCACGGUGACCUUCAUCCGGCACCUGGUGCUGGCACUGCUGCUGGUCUUCCUGGACUAUGCUGUCUUCUGGGUACUGGACCUGGCACGGUACCACCUGCAGGGGGAGGUGGUAGCCCGCAGCCCCGUGCUGGUGUCCAUCACAGUGGAAGGAGCCGGCUACACCGGCAGAAUCUACCGAGACCUGGUGUCGGCCUUCAGUGUCUUGCAGCAGGGCAACGUGAGCGUCCUGUCCAGUCGCUGUCGCCUGCGGCCCUCAGAGCCCAAUGCCUUGGGCUAUGCGCUCAUUGGUGCCAUGUACGGCCUGUGUCUGUCUGUCACCCUUCUGGGCAGCUACGUCAGCCGGCUGCGGAGGGUCAUAUGUGCCUCCUACUACCCCGCCCGCGAGCAGGAGAGGAUCACUUACCUCUACAAUGUCCUUCUGAGCCGCCGGACCCACCUGCUGGCUACCCUGCAUCGAGCAGUGCAGCGACGGGCAGCCGACCAGGCCCCCAUGAGUGUCCUCCAGGCACUGGCCAGCCGGUGCUCGUGCCUGGUCCCAUUCCUUAGCCACUCUUGGCUGCACCAGGCCAACUGCCUAGGCUGUGGGCAGCAGCUGAAUAAAGAGGACAUGGAGAGCUUAGUGUCCUGCAGCACCCCAGGCUGCCGAGGUCUCUUCUGCUCCACCUGCUUCCGCCUGCUGGACAACACCUGCUCCGUGUGCUCAGCUCCCCUCUCCUUCCAGGGAGACGUGGACCUGGAGCAGGACUCCAGUGAUGAGGAGGGACCCCUGCUGUGGCGGGCUGCAAGACAGUCCCCUGAGCAGGAGUGGCUACUGGGAAGCCCCUCGAGGACACUCCUGCAGACUGGGCCUAACUGGCCCCUCCCCCACCAGUCCACCUCGGAGUCCAGUGACCUGGAUGAUGACCUGGAGACCGCAGAGGAGGGAGCAGUCACCCCCAGCUGAGACCAGUUAUCAGUUUUCUAACAUCCCUCAUCAUCUCAGCAAAUCUUUGACUCCACCACCACACCAGUUUCAGAACCCCAAGUCCCUGCCUCCCAUCACCCUCUCCUGCUGACCCACAUACUCACCCCCAAAUAAAGGAACCAA